AGCAGCAGCAGCAGCGGGCGCAGACGGAGGCUUGGCGCGCUCGGCUUCUCUCCCUUCGCUGCAGGGCGCGCGGCUGGGGCCCGGGCGGGUGCGUGACAGCCGAAGGUGAAGUAUGUGUGCAGAACUCCACCGCAAAAAGAAAAGUGAACAUUUUCCAGCAAGUACAUCAGAAGGAGGUGCAGCAAGGAGUAAUUUUCAGCCCACCUUGAAAAAUUGUGCCCAUAAGUGCCAAGCUGACCUGAAAAGGAACUAGCUGGGAGUCUAUACAUAGAUAAAAGUCCACUCUUCUGAAAUUUCACUGAUUAAAUGUAAAAGACGCACAUACAGCCUCAGCUGUACAGCCACAGAUUCUGGUGCUUCUUAUGUGUUUGUGUUACAGUCCUUCUAACUGACACGUUACUUCCCCUGUUUAUAACUUCUUUCGCUGUAUAUACAAUAAAACCGAGUAGCACUGUGUUGCUGUUAUUCGCUAAAAUAAUUGAAUGUUAAGACCUUUGCCAAAAUGAGUGCAGAAGGAUACCAGUACAGAGCUUUAUACGAUUACAAAAAAGAACGAGAGGAAGACAUUGACUUGCACCUGGGAGAUAUUUUAACUGUGAAUAAAGGUACUUUAGUGGCCCUUGGAUUCAAUGACGGGGAAGAAGAAAAACCUGAGGAAAUCGGUUGGCUGAAUGGUUAUAACGAAACUACUGGAGAAAGGGGGGACUUCCCAGGAACUUACGUAGAAUAUAUCGGAAGAAAAAAGAUUUGUCCCCCAACUCCAAAGCCUCGUCCUGUUCGACCUCUUCCUGUGGCACCAAGUCCAGCAAGAGUAGGAACAGACAAUGAUCAACCAGCUUUUACACUUCCAGAUCUUUCAGAGCAGUUUUCUCCACCUGAAAAGGCGGCUCCUCUUCUUAUCAAGUUAGUGGAAGCCAUUGAAAGAAAAGGUCUGGAAUGUUCAACGCUGUACAGGUCACAUGGAUCAAGCAGUACUGGUGAAUUGAGACAAAUUACUGAGUGUGAUUUUUCUGCAGUGGAUUUUGAUGCCCUCGAUCUGCAGGUUUUAUCAGAUGCUUUGAAGAGGUACUUUGUGGACUUGCCAAAUCCCGUCAUUCCAGCAUCUGUUUACAAUGAAAUGAUUUCCAUAGCACAAGAAGUGCAAAACUCAGAGGAAUAUGCUCAAGUGCUGAAGAGGCUCAUCAGAUCUCCUAAUAUACCUCAACAGUAUUGGCUCACACUCCAGUAUCUACUCAAACAUUUCUCCAGACUUUGCCAGAACUCUACCAAAAACCUUUUAAAUGCAAGAUCCCUAGCUGAAAUUUUCAGCUUUCUGCUCUUCAGGACCCAGGUAGCAAGCUCUGACAGUCCUGAACAUCACAUAAAAAUCCUGGAAGUGUUAAUUACAAGUGAAUGGAAUGAAAGACAACCUGCACCAGCACUGCCUCCCAAACCUCCAAAGCCUAAUACUGUAGCAAAUAACGGUAUGAACAACAACAUGUCUCUGCAAGAUGCUGAAUGGUACUGGGGAGAUAUCUCAAGGGAAGAAGUGAAUGAGAAGCUUCGUGAUACAGCUGAUGGCACCUUCUUGGUACGAGAUGCCUCCACCAAAAUGCAUGGGGACUAUACGCUUACACUAAGGAAGGGAGGAAAUAAUAAAUUAAUCAAAAUAUUUCACCGAGAUGGGAAAUACGGCUUUUCGGAUCCAUUAACGUUCAAUUCCGUUGUUGAGCUAAUAAACCACUACCGGAACGAGUCUUUAGCCCAGUAUAAUCCAAAGCUGGAUGUUAAAUUGCUUUACCCGGUAUCCAAGUAUCAACAGGAUCAAGUGGUUAAAGAGGAUAGCAUUGAAGCAGUUGGGAAGAAAUUGCAUGAAUAUAAUAUCCAAUUCCAAGAGAAGAACAGAGAGUAUGACAGACUCUAUGAAGACUACACAAGAACAUCUCAGGAAAUUCAAAUGAAAAGAACUGCUAUUGAAGCAUUUAAUGAAACCAUAAAAAUAUUUGAAGAGCAGUGCCAAACACAGGAAAGAUACAGCAAAGAAUAUAUUGAAAAGUUCAAACGGGAAGGAAAUGAGAAAGAAAUACAAAGAAUAAUGCACAACUAUGAAAAGCUGAAAUCUCGAAUCAGUGAAAUUGUGGACAGUCGGCAUAGACUGGAAGAAGAUUUGAAGAAGCAAGCUGCUGAAUACAGGGAGAUAGACAAACGCAUGAACAGCAUUAAACCAGACCUUAUACAGCUCAGAAAGACCAGAGAUCAGUACUUGAUGUGGCUGACUCAGAAGGGAGUUCGGCAAAAGAAACUGAAUGAAUGGCUUGGCAAUGAAAAUACAGAAGAGCAAUAUUCUAUGGUGGAAGAUGAUGAGGAUUUGCCUCAUCAUGAUGAACGAACAUGGAAUGUAGGAAAUAUCAACAGAGGCCAAGCAGAAAAUUUGCUGCGUGGGAAAAGGGAUGGCACAUUCCUUAUUCGGGAAAGUAGCAAGCCGGGUUGCUCUGCGUGCUCCGUUGUUGUGGAUGGUGAAGUGAAGCAUUGUGUUAUCAACGAAACGCCUACUGGGUUUGGAUUUGCAGAGCCAUAUAACUUGUACAACUCGCUGAAAGAACUGGUGCUACAUUAUCAACACACAUCGCUAGUGCAACACAAUGACUCUCUCAAUGUCACACUAGCCUAUCCAGUAUAUGCACAGCAGAGGCGAUGAAGAUGUUAAUAAUACUCUGGGGUUUGUCUCUUUCUAUUAAAACACCCACAAAGAUCAUUCAACAAUCUUGAGGCCUCUGGGUAGAGAAUGCUCUUGAGUUGGAGCUAAAGUGUCAAAGCCAUCUGUCUUCAGAUGGGACUGAAGCUUUCUUCGCAACCGCAGUGGGAGAGAAUGCAGUUUUAAGAGCUGCGAACACACAUUUCUAAUCUAAAGUGCUUUCUUUUUUAGAGGAAAAAAAAACUAAGCAGAAGGCAAAACACAUCAAAAGAGAAGUGCUAUACCUGUCUCCCUGCAGGGACAUAGAGGCCUUUAACCAUGGUGCUUGCUGACCACCUCGUCGAAGCUUUAAGAGCUCAAAUGUUGGAACUCUGAAGACUCCAAAGUGCAGCAGGGGCUGUGUAAAGUGGCGUCAGAAUUUCUCCGUUGCGACUUGGGUGAUGUGGUUGCGCACAGAGGAUGCGGAUUGCCAGUUUUGUGGAUUGCUGGUUUUCUGGCGAAUGAUAUGUAGCAGAGCGGCACUUUCAUGUUUUAAGGGACACUUUAGAAGACACUUUAAAACAGACGUGGGUAACAUAAGUGCCAGGAAGUGUUUUUGUUUAGACAUUUAAAUUCCUGUUUUAAGAAGAUAUUUAAGACUGAAUAAAACUGGACUUUUAUGGCAUACAGUAUAUAUAAUAUGUACAUAGUUCCGGAUGACUAAAUAUCUUAGAUGGAUACUGUCAAUACCAAACUCAUUCUGUUCACUAUUUGUUUCACCGAAAGCUAAAUCCUUACACUGCUAUGCAAUACUUCAUUUUCUAUAGGCUGUAUUUGUUCAAGUGUAACUAGAGGAUAAGCUUUUUUCUUUUCUUUUUGUCAUCUCAGAAUGUUCCCUUAAUACAUAUUUUGGUGUUAUUUUUCAGUUCGUUCAUUAUUUCCUCGGCCAUUUUUAAAAAGUAAUGUGCAGGAUGUCAGUAAAAGGUGGUUUCAGAAUUAAAACUAUGAACUAUUUUAACAGGGUCCCACCCCCCGCCUCACUUUGUAUAGAGAAUUGGGCUGCUAGCUCAAGGUUAAAAUUCAAGAUUUCCUUCUUGACUAAAUAUUUUGUUGGGCAGUGCCUGAUAAGCUUCAAAGCUGCUUUAUUCAAUAAAAGAAUAUAUGAACAUUGCAAAGUAUCACUGAGUCCAACAAUAUUGUUUGAGAAAUACCUUCAGAUUAUGGAAUCCCAAUAUAUUUUAUUGGGAGAGUUUUAGAUUUCUGUGCUGGUUCUGUUUGUAUUUGAAUGAAGACAAAUGUCCAUCUUGUUUUGAAUGCUGCAGAAAAACAGUCAGAAAACAUUGGCUACUAGGGUAGUUAAAUCAGAUUUAAUCCUGUUGAUUGACAUGUGAAAUUUUGACCAACCAUUCUAGACGCUUCAUCAAUAUAUUUUCCAUAUCGUAUGGGAAAAUUGUUUUUGGUGGGUGGUUUUUCAACCAUGUGUGCAUUUGGCUUCCAUAUUUCAUAUUUUUGUGAAUAACAGAGUAUAAUUAGGAUAAUUUUAGGAAGCCCCGGUUCUGUGACACAUAUUUCCCACAAUUAAUCUUUUAUUACUUUCAUAUCUCUAUGGAGUAAAACAAAAAACAAAUACAGUCAUCUGAUUAGGCAAACAAAUCAGGUACCAAUGGAUUAAAAGUAAUGAAAGAAACAUAAAACCUCAUUGUUCUAGUAUCUAACCAAAUUCUGCAUUUUUUGAGCAAAACUUUAAAAAUCAUAGUUGCGUUUUCUGUUUUACAGAUUAGUGUUAAGGAACUCUGGAAGUCUUUUUUUUAUUUUGUUUUAGUGAAUAAGCGAAAAGAAAAUAGAUAUUGUGGAACUUUUUAUGGUUUUGACCCAUUAGGUAAUCAGUGCUUUUUAAAACAAAGCACUACGGACUCCUUGCAGAUCUAUCUUUCUUGUUUGGUAACACUAUGAAUAAAUUAGCUUUGUUCCCUCAGUCCUUUUUUUUCCCUAGUAUCUUUAUAUUUGAUGCUGUGAGUAGUUUUUUAUCACUCGUUGGCUUUGCUUUUCUGAGGAAUGCAGUGUGUUUCAGAAAACUUCAGGGUUCGGUUCAAAUCCCCUUUAAAACCAGCUGGGGCUUUGCCAACCUUGAAGAAGGCUUUGGUGGGAGUUUGGGCUGCCCCUGCAAGCUUAAAUCCGCUUUCACUGGAGUAGUCUCAUGAGAGUCAAUGGAAUUACUCCCAAGUUUACUCAGGUGGAAGUGGGCUGAGUGUCACAUUUCAUCUCAAGGAGCAUUGAUCAACAAGAACUAUACCAAUUUUAAUCAGUUCCUUUAUUCUUCUCCACUCAACGGUAGCGGGGAGGAAACACAUGCAUUUUGCUCCAGUGAUAGUUCUUGGAAGGCAAAUUACGACUGGUCACUGAAUAGCAAGUAGUUUGCUAUUGUAAUAUGACCCGAAUGCACUUUGACAGAGAUAGUUGUGCAUCUGUAGGUUGGCUGCGCCUGACGUAUUGUCAAACGGAGAGGUGGCGCUGUGAGUUCUGAUCACCUGUUUAGAGGGAAGAGAAGGCUAAGCGUAGGUCCAUGGGGGCAAAGAAAGGUGACGUCUGGAUUCAGUCCUCACACCACCCAAACUAGCCACCCCAAUGAUCGGCACUGCUCAGUUUGACAGUAUUUGCUGUGCACUGUUGCCAAUCUUGUUCUGGGAAACCACACGUGCAGCUUUUGGAGCUGGAUACAGUGUCUCAGCCUUGGAAACUGCAUAGCAAUACCCUUUUUAGUUUGUGGUCCCCAAGCUAGCAGUGGAUGCACAUGCAAAACUCUGCCUCUGUGCAUUGCCUCUCCCUCUCUGGUUUAGGAUGCAGAGAGACAGAACCAAACUUCCGAGCUACAAAGAUAAUUAAACUGGGUUUCUAGAAUAUGAACUGUCCUGUUUAUAUCCCGGUGCACCUAAAAUGAAUACAGCUACUACAGACAAAACAAGUUAUGGAUUCCUUAACUUGAGGCUUAGGUUUGCUGUCUCUGAUGUUACGUGUGUGUGUGUGUGUGUGUGUGUGUGUGUGUGUGUGUAAGGACCACAUUCUCACCGCAGUUUUCAGCAUGAAGUGAAACUUUACUCCCAAGUUUCCCUCUAUUCAAACAACCUGGAAGGAGCAGGCUGGAUGGUGUUCUGAGGUGUAUUUUAAUGUUCGGAUUUUAUCGUUUUGUGUGUCGUUGGCUGCCCUGGAGAUUCUUUGUGCCAUUUGGCAGAAGAUGCAUUGCAAAUAAAAUAGAGAAAUGCUGUUAAUUGGAAGUUUGUAUAAAGGGGGAGUGCUUUCUUCUUGUUUUUUUUACAAGGAGGAAAAAUUGAGUCCAGAUCACUAUUUCCUAUUAUAAAAGAGAAACAGAAGAAGUCUGCUGUAUUCAAUCAUGGUACUUAACUGAGCAUAUUUCAACGUCUCUAACUUUUAUUGAAAAAGGAACACACAACCUCCUCCACUCCUCCUGCCCUUCAGACUAGGGAAGAGUGAAUGAUCUGGAUGCACCUGAUUUCAAAUUCCAGCAACUUGGUUCAAAGACAGAGGAAGCUUGCAAAAAGGUCAUGUUUCUAGAAUUUGUUUUAAUGUGUCAAGCCAAAUCUUAUGUUUCAGUGUCAGCUGUUAUGUAGAAAAAGUGGCUUUGUCAUGUAAUUAACAAUGAGCUUUGAUGCUUUGGGGAAAGGGGGGGUCAUUCUGAUGUUUUUCAUUGAGAAGAACAUUGGUUAGUUUUAACACAGUGCUUUUGCUAUGCAUGGUAUUUGUUUGGGAAAGUGAUUCCUAAGGUGGCUUUUGUUCAGGAUCGCUUUCAGAAUGGGCAGUUCCAAGCAAAAUGCCUCCCAUGGGACAUGGUUAAAAAUGCAAUAUUCCGUUUUUUAAAAAACCAUACACACAAAGAAACCCCACAGAUCUUGUAAGAUCUGCUUUUAAAAUGAGCCGGAUACAAAAUUAGGAAAAGUUACAUUACCAUUUGUCCCUAUGAGACUGCAUUAGCUGCCCAACAUGCUGCUAUUUUUAUUCUUGGUUUUUUCCCUCCAUAGGAAAAAAAAAUAAGCUCUGUUCUAUUAAAUGUCUUUAAAACAUUAAAAAAUUUGUUGUUUUUAAUUUUUGUAAGGGAGGAAGAAGCUAAAUGGAUCACUUUGUACAUUGCCUUUAAAAGGUAAAUGCACCUCCUUAAAAGAUGCUGGCUUUCUGAAAUUGAUGGAGCUCUGUCCUGUUUUUAAGUUGCUUUAAAAAAAAAAAUUGUACUAGAUCUUCAGCCAGAAUAAAGAUUGUUUUGCAACUGCG